CCGCCGCCCUCCUCCAUUUUCGGUCACCACUCAGCCGGCCUCCUCUUCCAUCGAGUACUGUCAAGUUUCCAGCCGUCCUCCUCCUUUACGAUUCCGCUGCCUCCUCCUCCAUUUUCUGUCACGAUUCAGCCGCCUUCCUCCUCCAUCAUUUUCUGUCACGACCCAGGCCAAAGUUUGAUGUUUUUACACAUUGCAAAUUUGAUUAAGACAAGUGAUUUUGUAUUCCUUUCUCCAGGUGAAGGAUUCAACAAAUGAUUAUAAUAUCCAAGAGCUAAUUAUGAGCCGAGCUCGAGCUCAGUCAAUUUUUCACGAGCCGAGCCUGAACAUUAAAAAACUUAGGUUUUAGUGAACACUUGACGUCUCAGUCUCCAUCAAGAAUGAACCGAUCACAGGCACUAAAACGGAAACAGCCAGAAUCAAGUUCUCCAGCUCAAUCUCUGACGGAACAUGAGUGCACCCUCUAUAAUGUGAUAUGGAGCAAACAAGAUAUGGGAAUUUGGACACGAGACAUGAAACGGGAAACCAACCUUCCCGACAAUGUGGUAAAUAAAUCCCUAAAGGUACUUCAGGCCAAGAAUUUGAUAAAAGAGGUGGUAAACAUUCAAAACAAGGGAAGGAAACAUUACAUGGCAACAGAAUUUGAACCAUCGAAGGAAAUAACUGGAGGGGCAUGGUAUGUUGAAGGGAACCUCGAUACGGAGUUCAUAAAGCUCUUGAAAGAGGUCUGCACCAAGCAAGUACUUAAGCUGAAAGUUGCUACAUUGGAAGGAAUUACCGACUCGAUCAAAAGGAGCGGAAUCUUUAAUACUGAAUUAACAAAACAGCAAAUUGAAGAGAUUGUGAAGGCAUUGGUUUUAGAUAAUGCACUCAUAGAAGUUAAGAGUAAUGGAAUGUUAGAGUUUAGUUUUAUUCCAAUUGGAAAAGUUUGUUAUAAAUGCGUUGGUAAGGGAAGCACUGCAGGAGAGCCAAGAAUUGGGGCAAUGGCUUCCAUUCCAUGUGGAGUUUGUCCACGUAUAAGUCAAUGUACACCUGAUGGUAUUAUCUCUCCACAAACUUGCGUCUACUAUAGCAAGUGGUUGGAUUUUUGACUCCAUUGUGUUCAGCUGCAGAUAUUAUUGCUUUGUUUUGCAUUA